AUGGCGUCGUUUUACUCCAUCGUGUCAUCUCCCUCUUCCUCCUCCUGUGCUCAGCCCAGGCCCUCCAAUGGCUUCGGAAGACUCGAGCGUUGUCUCGUACGAGCUUCUUCUGAUGUUCCCGAUUUUUUCUCCGCUGAUUGGCUGGAGAGCCGAAGGAAACGCCCAUUUGGCCCGGGACUUAAUUUUAGUGCCGAAGAGGCGGUUCGACAUCAACUCGAUGCACUCAAGUGUAAUAACCAGCCCCGUGAAGAUUACGGCAUCGAGGUCAUGUAUCGGUUUGCUGGAUUUGACCCGUUCGAGAGAUCAACCUAUUUCGGGCCGUUCUUUGAUCUGGGACAGUUUGAAAGGUUCCGUCGCAUUUUCCACCAUUCGUCGUACCGUGUUUUACUUGGUCACAGGGACAGGAAAAUCUUAAGCAGUCUGUUUGUGGAAGAGAAUCGGUUCAAACAACGGGUCUGGAUUCAGGGAACUCGUCCAGAAGAAGAAGAGAUAUUUGAAUUCACGAUGGUCCAGAGGGUAGGCGGCUCGUGUGAUGGUUACUGGUUAACAGAGAGCUUGCUUCACGACGGAGACGCCUUUGCAGGUGGAUUGGCUUAUUGA